AGUUUAGGGAUGGUGUAGAAAGCCCGCGAUGGAGUUAAACCUGCGCGAGGAACCCAGACCUCUCUCCCCAUCCUACAGCAGCUCACCCCAGCCUACGCAUGGGGGCGCCCACAGGGGAGUUCGAAGCGGGGGCGAGGACCACCGGUGGCCCCCAACCCUGAGCGCCGCUGUGCUCCCUCGGCGGCAGCAGAGGCCGGGAUGGCGCCUAGGCCAGAGUCCGCCGCCCGGGGGACCCUGCGGGCCCUAGGCGCCCUGAGUCCGCGCAGGCCUGGCGGGAGGCGGGGCAGGGAGGGCGCCCCGCACCCAGGAUCGCCGCCUUCCGCGCCUUAGCUUUCGUUUCCCGGCGCGACCGAGGGCGGGGACGCCGGGCGCCCAUGGCCUCGCGGAUCCGCCCGCUGCUGAGGCGCCUGCAAGGCCCGCGGUGGAGCCGGAGCGGGACCUGCUCCUCGGCCAUGGCCCCGCCGCGCUGCUUCGCGCUGGAGCUCCCGGACUGCAGCCUGGCCCACUUCGCCCUGGAGGACCCGGGGGCUGCGGGCGCGCACCAAGACCCGCGCCUGCCCGCGCUGCUGGGGCCCCCGGGGCGCAGCUUCGCGCUGUGCGCUCCAGCGGUCACCGGGGGCGACUGCGGGGCGCGCGUGCAGGCGGCGCGCGUGCAGCAGCAGCUGCAACUCCAGUUGCGCAAGGGGGAGCCUUUCCAGCGGUGCCAGCUGCACAGGCUGCUGGGCUAUAGCCCAGGAGAACCAGCCGCCGGUGCCCGGCACGGCUUCUUGCUGCACGACCCCCGCGCGGGUCCCGACACGUGGGGCGCGCUCCUCCAGGUGCUCGGAGCCUGCCCGGAGCCCGCGCGCCCGAACCUCGGCGAGUUCGAGGCGGACGCGAGCGGCGAGCUGUGGCUACGGCUCUGGGCGCUGCACGGGGACGCGCAGCGGCAGGUGAGCUGCGCACGCGUGGUGCCGGUCCCAGCGCCUCCGGUGCACCCCGUGGUACUGGACCUGCCGAGUUCCGCGGUCUUCCCUGACCGGGAUGCAGCCCGGGCUGUCCUGGAGGAGUGCACGCCUUUUAUUCCGGAAGCCCAGGCAGUGCUCAACCUGGUUGAUCAGUGUCCAAAGCAGCUGCGGAAAGGACAGUUCCCGGUCAUCGUCAUCGAGGGACUGGAUGCCACUGGUAAGACCACAGUGACGCAGUCCAUUUCAGAGGCGCUUGGGGCGGUGCUCUUGCAGUCACCCCCCUCUUGCAUUGGCCACUGGAGGAAAAUCUUCGAUGAUGAACCAAAUAUCAUUAGAAGAGCUUUUUACUCUCUGGGCAAUUACAUUGUGGCUUCUGAAAUAGCUGAAGCAUCCACCAGAUCUCCUGUGAUUGUAGACAGGUACUGGCACAGCACGGCCACCUAUGCCAUUGCCACCGAGGUGAGUGGGGGUCUGCAGCACCUACCCCCAGCCCACGACCCCGUGUACCAGUGGCCUCAGGACCUUCUCAGGCCCGACCUGGUGGUGCUGCUCACCGUGAGUCCUGAGGAGAGGGUGAAGCGGCUGCAAGGCCGGGGCCUGGAGAAGACCAGGGAGGAGGCCGAGCUAGAGGCCAACAGCAUCUUUCGUCAGAAGGUGGAGCUGUCCUACCGCAGGAUGGAGAACCCAGCCUGCCACGUGGUGGACGCCAGCCCCUCCAGAGAAGAGGUCCUGCAGGCAGUGGCACACUUGAUCAGAGCCUCUUGUUAUUAGUUUCACCUGAUCAACUGGAAUGCACGCCCUGUGCUCUGCAGUGUCCCUGAAUUUCCAUUGCACAAGAAUAUUUCAUGGAGAAAAUCAAAGGCACAGGGUGAUGUUCACCUUCCUCCUCCAGCUGCGGUCCUCCCUGCUGGCUGCUGGGCCUGGCCGAUUUGUGACUGGGCCUGUUCUAGCCGGUGGGUGGCGUUUCUUGGAGUACAUUGUGAGCCCCGUUACUACCCACUUCUGAGAGCUUUGUCUUAGCUGUGAAGCAUCAUGUGUGCAGAAGCUUCCAGCAAGAUCCUUGCCCUCAGCAGAAAACCUGCAGCUUGUUCUCCUGGCUACUGACUGCUGAGGGAAUCCCACGUGGCCAGAGCUGACUUCUUCUGAGCCUGGUGCACGCCAUGGUGAGGGGCUUGCCAUGUCUCCUUUAGCUCCCUGCCCUGGCUGUCCAGGACAUGACAGGUUCCAUUGGCGGGUAAGGGACACUUGCAAAGAAUGCAUCGACUUCAUGUUGCAAGCUCACAGCUUUGUUCACUUGUCUCCUAGUCUAACAUAUUACAUCAAAAGCCAUUCAACCCAAGCUGCUCUGCCUGCAAAUAUACCAACCUUCUGUCAUUAUAUUGGACUUAUUUAUAUUCCCUUCUUCUCUCUAAAAUAUGGCUGUGAAUGUAAUGAGCAGUUUGAGCUGAACUGGAUUCAUUUCACUUAGCCGAUCCAGCAAUUUAUUUAUAUUGAUGUUUACAUCAUACAUUUCCUCGGGGUAGGAGCUAUGAGUCACUAAUUAAAAUUGGAGCCAAGGAGCUAAAUGCAAUGUUUGUUGCGUAUUUUCAUUACACAAAUUUAAUUUAUCUCACUCAAUAAGCACAGUGGUUCCUGGAAUGGAAUUUCUUAGUAAAUUAUCUCUCACGCGAAUGUCUUAAUGAUUGCACAUGGAGUCGGCUUUGAGGUCUGGUUGGCUAGAGAAAGAAGUAGCUGAAAAACCAGGCACCUGAAGUGCUAUCUGGCCUUGGCUGCUUCAUUUCACAUUAGUCGUUCUCGUUGCUUAACCUAAAAGGGGAUAAUAGUUCUUUGUCUUAAGGAGGGGAUUGAAUUAGAUGAUCACUUAAAAUUCCUUCCCAUCCCCAGGUAGAUGAAUCUGUAAAAUACUAUGCUUUAAUCCUGUCUGCCAUUUCUUAAGAAGACUUUGCUGCAAACUAAUGAAAAGUUCCUGAUCAGGCUUAUUCUGUAAAUCUUAAAGUCUAAUAAUGUGUAAUGUCGACACUCAAUUUUGAAAGGAAUUACAUAUGUAUGUCUGUAAAUAUGUAAUUGAUUUUGGUUGAAAAUAUUUUUUAAGCUAAUAAAAAGCACUAAGGUUCUAA